AUGAAGAGUGUUUAUUGUACGUUGCUGCUUUUCCUGAUUCUGUACAUUACAGUCCUAAAUGCACGCCUUCAAUCGGUUGAACUCGAUGAACCCACCAAGGCCUUCGAGUAUGAUAGAAUCGAUGAGGUCAUGAGAGAAUGCUCUUCAAUCUUGCCUCCCGAUUUCGAUCAUAAACCCUACGGAAAUAAACUGUAUCGACUUCCAGAAAAAUUGUCGUUCGUUAAUGGAGAUUGGUGGCAGGAUUUGGAUAAGGCUCCACUGAUUCCAUAUGAUGACACGUUAAAUGGCUUUUCGGAUCAAAGUUCGCCAUUGAACUUGAUUUCAUUCUGGAUUACUGACGUAGACAAGACUCAUCGGUCCAACAAUUCAGUUAGCAUCAAUGGGGUUUUGCAGCUGAGCAUCAUGACAGAGCAAUUAUUCUAUUCAGAGACCUUUGGGCGAUAUCCGAUCUUCAACAUAUACCCGGGGAAAUCAGAGUUACGAAUGUCGUUCCAAGGUAUUGUAACCUAUACAGAAGAGAACAAUGGUGAGAUUGUAAUGUGUUUACUUGGAAACGCAGUGUUACCUUCUCGUGGCCCUGACCCAAAUAACCCAUGGGGAUGGGUUAAAGAACCCGGGUACAUAAACCAGCCACCACACAUCUACGACGAUCGGGUUUUGCUGGUUAUUCAUUACCCCGAUAAGUUUACAGUGAAGAAAAGAGGCAUUCAUGGCAGCUUGAAAAGUUUGAAUCCGAAAUCAAGCCAAAAGUACUUUGACCAAAUACACAUUUCUGCUUCCCUAAGUCGUUCUGCAAACUACGAGUUUAGUUCUCAAAAACACGUAUCCAAUGCCAAUUUCGCGAAUAAAGAUCUUGGUACCUUUAAAGGCGCUAAAUUUUGCGGUAUUCUUAAGCGCUUGUUAAACUCAGAUCCUCUUACCGUUGUGCCGAAUUGGAGAUGUAACGAGACAGUUGAAUUUUGCAACAAGUUGGGUCCGUUUGAUUCGGAUGCAAGUAUAAAAGGAAGCUUUAAAGGCGUAGCACUUCAUCUUCAAGAUAUUCGAUGUGAAAAACCCUCUUUAGAUCUACAGGGUUAUAAACAUGGUGGACUUGUAAAGGUUGCUAUGGUUAUUAGAAUGGGUCCGCCUUCAGAUGCUCUUUAUUAUACUACAAGACAGAGAACUGGGCUGAAGAAGAUGACGCUUUCAGCUGAAGGGGUGUGGGACCCCUCGAUUGGGCAGCUUUGCAUGAUUGGUUGUCGUGGAAUUGCGAAUGAAGAAGGCGAUGGUUGUGAUUCUCGUAUCUGCUUAUACAUUCCACUCUUGUUUUCCAUCAAACAACGAAGCAUCAUUCUUGGAAGCAUUUCGAGUGUUGAAGAGAGUAAUAUGUCUUACUUUCCUUUAGCGGUUAAGAAACCAGUUUAUUACUCAGAUCAGCUAUUACCUAAUCAGUAUUAUGAGUACUCCAAGAUCCAUUUAGCGCGAUCUGUCCUUGAAAAAUACGAGCAUUUCAGCUUCGGAAUAGUCAUCAAGAAGUGGUUCUUGACUUUCCCAAAAGUCAAACAUGCAGAAUCUCUCGAUUCUUUUCAAGAUGGUCUGUCUCGUCUAGCCAUAGAUCUCAGGCUUCAACACCCAGUGGUUUCUUCCUCAGAAACUGAAGUGCUAUUUGAGAUUCUGUCGCUUGGACAGAUGUUCGGCAAGAACUGGUCUCUGCAAAAAGAUUCAAUCAUCGGAGAAGACUCCCAUUUGAAUGUAUCGGCUCGACUCAGUCUCACUGGAGCCCAAAAUGGUAACUUUUCUGAUCUUUCUGUAGAAGGGCUGUAUCAUCCACUUGUAGGAAAAAUGUAUCUUGUUGGUUGCAGGGAUGUAAGAGCCUAUUCCAAUCUUGAAGAUGGGUUUGACUGUCGGAUAGAAGUUGUGGUAUCAUAUCCUCCCACCACAAACCUUUGGUUUGUUAACCCAACUGCGAGUGUUUCAAUAGCAAGUCAAAGGAACCAACACGAUCCAUUGUUUUUUAGAUCGAUCAAGCUUCAAACUGUCCUACUGAUUUUUCAGCAGCAACAUGCGGACAUUAGUAGUUCCAGUCGAGGUGUCGAGGGUACCUUACAGGUUCUCACACCUUUAGUAGGAAUCUGUUGCAUUUUGAGCCAGCUUUUUUACAUGAAACAGAACUUGGACUCCGUCGAUUACGUUUCACUCUUGAUGGUUUCCAUACAAGCACUUGGGUAUGGCUUUCCACUGGUGACAGGUCUUGUUGAGUCGAAUCAAAGCUCUCCUACUUAUAUGAUGAAUCAAAUGAUUCAUGAUAUAGAUUAUUGGGUCAAGAUUUCUGUACUGAUUUCGUUCUUAUUAACACUCAGACUCUACCAGAAAGUUUGGAGAUCCCGGAUCCGAUUACUUAGCCACCAUGUGCCAUCUGACCUUCCGAUUCUCCUCAUUACAUUCUUUAUCCACGUGUUUGGGUUUGGAUGGUUUCUCAUCGUCUACAAGCUACAAUCAUGGCUGUUCGGACUAGAUGAAUACCUAGGGCUGGUUCAAGAUUUGUUUUUGCUUCCUCAAGUUAUCGGGAACUUGAUAUGGCAGAUCAAUUGCAAACCGCUGCGGAAAUCAUACUUUGUUGGGUUAACUGUGAUUCGACUCCUCCCUCAUGUUUACGGCUACAGAUCAUCCGCAAUCGUAUAUCCUUCUUCCCAGAUCGUGCAGCAAGGGGCCAUUGGAAUACCUGCAAUUGCUAUUUUUCUUGCGAUCGUUAUAUAUGUUCAACAGAAAUGGAGUUACGAGAAACUUAAUCGGACAUUCACUUUAGGAAAGUUUAGGUUUUUACCACGUGGGUCCAUGGCGUAUGUACGCUUGCUGCCGGUGGAAACGGAGGCUGAAGUGAAUUCCGGUUGCGAUGGAAUGAUGAAGACGUUGCAACGACGCAGGGGGCGGAAGUAG